AUGCCAUUCUUUAAUCUUCCUCACCAUAUCAGAGAGAAGAUCUACCGAUAUUCCCUUGUCAUGGGACGAGUUUUCAUCCGCCCUUUCACUACCGUUGAAGUGCUCAUGGAUCCAAACCGAAGAGACAUCUAUGGCACGCCCAAUCUCGCUCUACUCUGGACCUCAAAGCGCAUAUACAAAGAGGCAAUGCCCAUCUACUUGAGCGAAAAUGUCUUCUCCCUCGUCCAAGUCGAUCUGUUGGCUGCUGCGCGCGCAGAGUAUCCGCGUGUAUUCGAGAAUCUCAAGAAGGUCCGCAAUCUGGAGCUCGUCUUCGAUUGCCGUGAUUACAUUUACCUGGCACGAUUUCAUUCUCGGGAGCUUCUAGGCGUCAUCGCGGCGGUGCGGGAUGCGAAGGUACCCUCGAAACACAAGCGCAAGGUGAUUGAGGAGCUGGAUGAGAUGCAGGCCGACUUUGAUAUUCCCAGGAUAGAACAAACCGAGUCAGAUUCGGAUUCUGAGGAGGUUUCGUCUGGACAAGCGCAUGAAAUUCAUGAUCAGCAUAUCGAAAAUAUGAAGGAGUAUCUAUGGGGACGGACAAUGAGUUUUGUGCGGCAGACGUUCCAAUUGUCGCGCCUCUAUAUUGACUUGCGUCAUUGUACCUGUAACUGGGGGUGUUGUCGUCUUGCUACGGAAGUGCUGGACUGGGGAUGGUUCCACGUCUGGAUUCAUGGGAUGCCGGAUGAGAUUCAUGUGAGAGGUACCUCAGGACGUGAGAAGAAGCUUAUUGCACAGUUGUUCGAUAAGCAGCGAUUCCAUGCGGGUUUGGAGAUCGACCAAGUCUUUGAUCAGAACAGACUUGAAGACGCUGAUGACUGGAAGGCGGGCAAAUUUGUAUUCCAAAGAGUGCAUCAGACAGUCCUACGCUAG